AGCUACUAUUGGAUGGAGGCAUCGAUGAGACCGAGUCCACCAUGCUUCUUGGUCGCGCGAGCGGACACUUGAGCUGGCUGUACUACUCUGUGUGCACACAUCUGACACACCUGGAUUCCAGCGAAAUGUCUCGCAGCUCAAGGCGUAUUAUGGGAUCCCAAGGCUCGCAGCCAAGUCGCAGCUGCGACAGACGAUCCUAGGUAUCAAUCUAUUGUUUUUGAUUGUCGAGAACAGACUAGCAGAAUUCCAUUCUGAGCUGGAACUGAUGGCGCCAGUUGAUCUACAAUGCCGAGAGGUAGCAUUUCCAACAUCGCUAGAGCAGUUUCUUAUGGUGGGAACAUACAACCAGGCCGAUAGCCUUGUUUUGGCGGCCAAGGCCAAUAUGCCGGCACCGACACACUUCUCAUUUUUUAUGGAGAUGCUCUUGGUGACCGUACGGGAUACGAUCGCUGAGUGUGCAGAAUCUGCUUACGAGUCUCUCGAUUGCCGCACCGCUUGCGAAAUGAUGAUGUUCGACUCUCAAGAUGAGCUUGUACGCUUCAUCGCCAAAUUACACUCAGAUUGGGCCAUCACCGAUGGUCGCAUUUUCUUUAACUCAAACGUCCAGAUGAGGUCCCAGCAGAUCCCUGGUGUUCGUCUCAUUUCAGAGAAUUUGAUAUAUGCAACGGAGCUGGAGCGUAUUGUAUGAGAAAACAUGAGCGUAUCAUACGAGAAAAUAUCGUGUAUCAUGCAACGCAUCCUAUGAUGCGAGCCGUAAGCAGGGUCCUCUCAUGGGACACGUGAUGGGAUCGAGGUGUCAAGUUUACACGACAACCCCAACAUCCCUGGUCGAAUGGUAUCUGAGCUUGCCUAAGGGCCAAAAAUGGCCCACAGCGAACUCACCGGCGGAAAAUCUGACCGCCGCCCUGGACAUGAAACCCAAUGGAACCCAGCUCACGACUUGGCGCCCCCCUGGGCAGCGCGCCCAGGUGUGCAGCUCAGGUACCUUGUGCCUGGACGCGGGUGUUGGCAGUUCCCGUUACCCCCCCCCCCCCCCCCAGGCCGGCUUAAGUGCCCUCGCUAAGUCCCCUCUGCCCUCCGCACCUUAGGUUGCGGUUUACUGCAAACUUUUGCCGGUCCAGGGGCGAGUUUUUUACGAGCUUUCGAGUUUG